AUGAGGGAGCGCAAGGGCCCCCCGCAGACCUCCUCCUCGCGCAACGGCGCCGGCGCGCACCACUCCUCCCGCAACUCGUGGCUCCGCUUCUUCUUUCCGGGCCCUAGCAGCGGCGGCAGCGGCGGCGGCGGCGGCGGCGGCGGCGGCAGUAGGCGGAUCGGGUCGUGGCUGCUGCUGCUGUGCCUUGUUCUCGGGUUCGUCUAUUGGGUGCUCGUGCUGCAGCUCUUAGUGGGUUUCGCGGAGCAGAAGGAGCUUAUAUCGGAGACGCGCCACCGGGGGUUCGUGAAGUGGGAGCGGCACAGGCACGUGUUCCCGUGGAAGAUCGGACUCACCGCGCACCCGCACGUCGUUCCGCGCGACCGCCUGGGCAAGCGCUGGGGGCGCAAGCGGCGCGCGCGGAAGCGCGCGGCCAAGUUAAAGGCACAGGCGCAGGCGCAGGUGCAGGCGAAGCCGGGGGGCGGUAAGGGGGGAAACAAAACGGCGCAGAUUGGUGCGGGCGGGGGCGCGGAGAAGAAGGCGGGGGCGGGGGGGAGCAAGAAACCGCCAGCGGCGGGCGGAGGAGAUGCGGGAGCUGGGAAGAGUGGCGCAAGUGGCGCGGGGAAGGACAAGGGGUCCGGGGAAACAGCAAGCGCGGUUGUGGGGAAAGGGGGGACUGGCAGUGGGGCUAAGAGCGGGGAUUCCAAAUUGGAAGGGGCACAGUCGGGGAAAGCAGGUUCAGGAGUUGGGGGAGAUGCGGGAAGGGCGAAGGCUGUGGGGGGUGGUGGUGGUGGCAGCAGUGGAGUGACAAGCAGCAGUAGUAGCAACAGCAGCAGCAUUGGAAACGGGGGCGAGAGUGGGAGGGUGGGUGCAGGGGAGAGGAGUGGCGGGAGCGAGAGGACAGGUGGGGGCGGCGGUGGUGAGGCGUCUAGUGGCAAGGGAGGGUGGUGGCGGCGGCGCAGGGCGAAGCGGGGAGCACUGACCCCCGUGCACCUGGACUUGUAUAAACGGCGCAAGGCCGCCAGAGCUGCAGUAUCCGCUCGCUCGCUGCAAGCAAGCAACAGCAGCAGCAGCAGGAGCAGGGAGGGUGUGAUGGGAGGCGGGGAGGGCGAGGGGGUGUGUGUGGGGGAGGAGUGUCCGGUGUUUGGCAACUGUGAGGGCGAGUUGAGUGGCGUGGCGGCGUGUUGGAACAAAGGCCUGCACGACCCCUUGCUCGCCCGCCCCCGCACGCCCUCCACCUGCCCUCGCCUCCAGCCUAGCCCUGCCACCAACUCGUCUGGUGCUGCUGCUGCUUCUGCUGCUGGUGCUGGUGCUGGUGCCGCUGUAGCUGGUACUGCUGUUGGCGGUGCUGGCAGUGCUGGCAGUGGCAGCAGUGGCAGUCGGGCGGCAGGCAAGGCAGUGGCAGCGGCGGCGCGCAGUGCGUUGUGCGGGCAUGAGGCGGACUUUGAACUGCUGCCGCAGUGGAUGAGCCAGGUGUUUCGGCUGGAGAGUGUGCGAGUGGACGCGUGGGGGCGAGUGUUCAACGGCACCACUCUCUUCCACUCAAACGCCUGCCCUGCUCCCUCCGACCACCCCAGCCCUGCCAACCCAAGCAACAACCACCACCUCACCAGUGACAGUCAAGUGCAACACCACCAAGAGCAGUACCAGCAGCAGCAGCAGCGCCAACAACAGCAGCCGUACACGCGGGCGUCGGUCCCACGGGCGAACCUGCACCUACCCCUGGCGGUGAACCUGGCGCUCCCCCACGCCCUGCACGCCAGCGACGCCCUGGUGCACUACCUGCCGCUGCUGCUCGCCCUGCACUCCUCCCUCGCCGCCAUGCCCCUCAUGUCCUUCCUCGUCGCCACCGCUGGGGAGGGGGAUGGGAACGCGGGGGGUGGUGGUGGGUGGGGGGAGAGGGGCAGGGGGAGGAGGAAAAGGAAGGGGCUGUCGGGGUUUUUUGGGGGGAAGGGAGGGCGAGGGGGGGAGGGGGAAUGGGAGGGGGUACAUUCGUCGCAGGAGGGGGCGCUGCUGCUGCUGGGGGCGGAGGUGACUGGCGUGGACUUUGGGCUCAUGGACGUGCGAGAGCUGAGAGGCCGAGAUGUCGUGCUCGUUGACAUUCUCCUACAGCCGGUGCACCAGCGCUGCCACAAGCCCAGCCGAGCUCUCUGGCAGACACUCCGCCACCACUACCUGCUGCCCCCCAAUGGCUUCCCCAUUUUCAAUCCAGACUUCACUCUCCGAGCACCUUCAGAAGCAGACGCAGCAGCAGCAGCAACAGCAGCAGCAGCAGCGGUGGAGGCAGGGGACGACUGGGUGGUGGUGUGGGGCAAGCGGCCAGGAGCGGGCACAGCGGAGGAGCUGGCAGAGCUGCAUCUCGCCCUCGUGGAAGCAUUCGGAGCCCGCCGCCUGCGCACAGUGGGGGGCUCAGCCGCUUUAGACCUGGUGACAGUGAAGCGCACGUUCAACCGCGCACGCGUGUUUGUGGCCCCGCACGCCCCGCUGCUCAACCACAUGGUCUUCAUGCCGCCCCGUGCCGUAGUGCUGGAGCUGCGGCCGCAGGGGGCGCAGGGGAGCGAGUAUGCGGUGUUUCAUCGGCUGGCGGAUGCGUGUGGGUUGGAUUACCACCUGUUGCUGUGUCAGGGAGAGGUGCCCUGGAGAAUGGGGCUGGGGAAUAUGAGCAGGAUUGUGGAGGUGCUGAGAGGGAUAGCAGAAAGCUUCGGAGAAAGGGAUGUUGUAAGAUAA